UGUAAUAUUCAAAAAUUUAAUCAAAUAAUUUACGUUUUGCAGUGUUAUUUUGUAUUAGAAGCAAAAAAUUAAAAGAUACUCAUACAUCAUUGUAUCGUAUCCUUUUUUCGAUAUGCCUAAAGAACAGUACAGAGAGGCUGACGUAGCUAGGAAAAUUUCCUACGUUAGUUUUGGAAUCGAAAGUGCUGAAAAUAUGCAGCAACAAGCUCAUUUACAAGUGAUUGCUAAAAAUCUAUAUAAUCAAGAUGUUAAUCGUACACCUGUCCCAUUUGGCGUGUUGGAUCCUAAAAUGGGAACAAAUCAAAAAGAUUCCCCUUGUCAAACCUGUGGAAAGAAUUUAAAUGAAUGUGUUGGGCAUUUUGGUUAUCUUGAUCUCGAACUUCCUGUAUUUCAUGUUGGUUAUUUUCGCAGUAUUAUUACAGUUUUGCAGUCUAUUUGCAAAAAGUGUGCCCAUAUUUUACUUGAUAAGAAUGAACAAAAUUUAUUUCGGUCAAAGAUAUGCAAUCCUAAUCUAAGUUAUAUGAUAAAAAAGUCCCUUAGAAAACGAAUUAUUGAUAAAUGUAAGAAGAUAACCAUUUGUCCACAUUGUAAGGAGUGUAAUGGAGUGGUUAAAAAAAUGCCAUCUGUUAAAGGAGGUGUAGGUGGUUCAGUUCUCAAAAUUGUUCAUGAAAAAUACAGACAUAAACGUGACAAAGACACUGUAAUUAAAACUCAAGUUGCUGAAUUUAAUGAAGCAAUAGAAUCAAACCCUGAGAUCCAGUCAGUUUUAUCAAGUGCAACAAUUACUCAAGUCUUAACACCUAUAGAUGUUCUAAACCUAUUUCAAAGAAUCCCUGAGGAAGAUAUUCCUUUAUUGGCCAUGGAUGCAAAGCGAGCUCAUCCCAAAGACUUAAUUUUUACCAGAAUGUUAGUUCCACCAGUUUGCAUUAGACCAUCUGUAGCAUCAGAUAUAAAAGCUGGAACUAAUGAAGAUGACUUGACAAUGAAACAAUCAGAAAUUAUUUUUAUUAACGACGUAAUUAAGAAACAUAAACAAUGUGGAGCAUCAGUAAAUAUGUAUCAGGAAGGUUGGGACUUCUUACAAUUGCAAACUGCCCUUUACAUCAACAGCGAACUUUCAGGAAUUCCGUUAGCAAUGAUGCCCAAGAAACCAGGUCGUGGACUUGUGCAGAGAUUAAAAGGGAAACAAGGCAGAUUUCGUGGUAAUUUGUCAGGAAAAAGGGUCGAUUUCUCUGGAAGGACAGUAAUUUCUCCUGAUCCUAAUUUAGAGAUCGAUCAGGUUGGUGUGCCCUGCCAUAUGGCAAAAAUCUUAACAUUUCCUGAAUUUGUAAAUCGAGCUAAUGUUCAUUUGAUGAAACAAUUAGUAAUAAAUGGUCCAGACAUUUGGCCAGGAGCAAAUUAUGUACAGCAAAAAGGCUCGCAGUUCAAGAAGUUUUUAAAAUAUGGUAACAGGCAGAAACUUGCACAAGAAUUGAAGUAUGGUGACAUGGUCGAGCGGCACCUUUGUAACAACGACGUAGUUUUAUUUAAUCGUCAGCCAAGUUUGCACAAACUAUCAAUUAUGGCACAUAGAGCAAAAAUACAUUACCACCGAACCCUCAGGUUUAACGAAUGUGUAUGCACUCCAUAUAAUGCUGAUUUUGAUGGGGAUGAAAUGAAUUUACAUUUACCGCAGACGUACGAAGCCAAAGCUGAAGCUCUCAUACUUAUGGGGAAUAAAAGCAAUCUCGUAACGCCAAGAAACGGAGAACUCUUAAUAGCUGCAACACAGGACUUCUUAACAGGAGCAUAUUUACUUACUAAAAAGGAUACUUUCCUGGACUAUCCACACGCUACUCAACUGGCAGCUACUUUAUUGGCAGGAAAUGAUGAAAAUAUGGACAUUGAUUUGCCUCCUCCAGCCAUUCUUAAGCCUAGAAGAUUAUGGACAGGCAAACAAGUGUUCAGUUUAAUUUUGAAACCAAAUAAACACUGUCCUGUUAAAGCUAAUCUUGAAGCCAAAGGAAAGGCCUACACUAAAAAUAAGGAGCUUUGUGUUAAAGAUUCUUAUGUACUUAUUCGUAAUUCUGAAUUAAUUGCUGGAACUUUGGAUAAAGGUCAUUUGGGGUCUGGUGGAAAGGGAGGAAACAUUUUCUUUAUAUUGCUAAGGGACUUUGGACAAGAUCAUGCCAUUAAAGCUAUGUGGAGAUUAGCAAGAUUGUCGUCAAAUCUAUUAAUGAACACUGGAUUUUCGAUUGGAAUUGGCGACGUUACACCAGGUGAAACAUUAGUUCAACGUAAAAAUAAAUUACUUUCAUCAGGAUAUAAAAAAUGUGAUGAAUACAUAAGGGCGAUGGCAGAAGGAAAGCUCGCUUGUCAACCAGGAUGUAAUGAAGAGGAGACUUUGGAAGCAGUUAUUUUGAAAGAAUUAUCAGUUAUUAGAGAGCAUGCGGGGCAGGCUUGUGUAGCCGAAUUACAUCCAACAAACAGUCCCCUCAUAAUGGCACUUUCAGGAUCGAAAGGUUCUUUUAUCAAUAUCUCUCAAAUGAUAGCAUGUGUAGGUCAGCAAGCCUUAAAUGGAAAACGGGUUCCCAACGGUUUUGAUGACAGGUCGUUGCCCCACUUUGAAAGAUUCUCUAAAACUCCUGCUGCUAAAGGAUUUGUUGAAAACAGUUUUUACACAGGCUUAACGCCAACAGAAUUUUUUUUUCACACAAUGGGAGGCAGGGAAGGUUUGGUUGAUACCGCCGUCAAAACUGCAGAAACAGGGUACAUGCAAAGAAGAUUAGUAAAAUCUUUAGAAGAUCUAGUCAUACAUUAUGAUGGUACCGUUCGGAAUGCUGAAGAAGAUGUUAUUCAAACAGUUUACGGUUGUGAUGGAUUAGAUCCCACAUACAUGGAAGGUAAGGAUUGUCCUGUUGAUUUUGAACGAGUUUUACAUCACAUUCAAGCCAAGUGUCCAUACAGAGAUGAAACUCCGUUAAAUGGAAAUCAAAUAAGAAAAGCUGCCAACGCUUUCCUAAAAACCGAUGCUUUAAGCGAAUGCAUAGACGAUUUUAGAAAUGAAUUAAGAAAUUUUAUGGAAUUGUAUGCAAAAAAAGUUGAAGAUACACAUGAAAAAUUCGGUUCUGCAAAAGUCGUGAACGAAGUACACCGUUUAACUUGCAGCCAACUGGUGACUUUUAUGCAGACUUGCGGACAGAAAUAUACCAGGGCAAUUAUAGAACCAGGAACUGCUGUAGGAGCCCUGGCCGCGCAAAGUAUAGGAGAGCCUGGAACUCAAAUGACACUUAAAACUUUUCACUUUGCUGGUGUCGCAAGUAUGAACAUAACACAAGGAGUUCCAAGAAUAAAAGAAAUUAUAAAUGCCAGUAAAAAUAUAAGUACGCCAAUUAUAAGAGCGAGUUUAAAAAAUCCCCACGAUCCAGAAUUUGCCAGAAAAGUAAAAGUGCGUAUUGAAAGAACAACUUUAGGAGAGGUUACUUCAUACAUCGACGAAGUAUACACAAAAAGCGACUGCUUCUUAUUAAUUAAACUCGACUAUGAACGCAUAAAAUUACUACAGUUAGAGGUCAGCGCAGAAAGUAUAAGAUACAGUCUUUGUACGUCGAAGUUAAAAUUAAAACCUAACGAUAUUAAAGUAGAGAGUGAAACAAUAAUUACUAUUCACCCAAAUAGAACAAAAAAUCUUAACCGCUUAAACUUUUCUUUACAUGAAAUUAAAGAACAAAUUCCAUCCGUUGUUAUCAAAGGUUUACCCACCGUCAAUAGGGCAGUUAUUGCCAGGGAAGAUAAAGGGGGUGAAUCAUAUUAUAAUUUGUGCGUGGAGGGUGAUAAUUUAAGGGAAGUAAUGGCCACAUAUGGUGUUGAUGGACACAAGACAGUCUCAAAUAAUAUCAUGGAAGUUUAUCAUACACUAGGAAUUGAAGCUGCAAGACAAACAAUAAUGCAGGAAAUUAAAAUGGUUAUGGAAAAUCACGGUAUGAGCGUAGACUAUCGGCAUAUAAUGUUGCUAGCAGCACAAAUGACCCACACUGGAGAAGUCUUGGGCAUUACCAGACAAGGUUUAGCAAAAAUGAAACAGUCAGUCUUAAAUUUAGCAUCGUUUGAGAAAACUGCAGACCAUUUAUUUGAUGCAGCUUAUUAUGGGCAAUCGGACAAAAUAAGUGGAGUAUCAGAAAGCAUAAUUAUGGGAAUGGCAGCCCCUAUUGGGACUGGAAUCUUCAAAUUGCUCCAUAAACCACUGGAAGUUGAUGAUAACCCGGAGAAGGUUCCCCUACUCUUCGAAAAUGCAAUUGAAUCAUAGGAAAGGCAUGUAUCGACGACAAUUUGGACAUGGUCGAGUUCCUGGUGGAAAAUGGGGCGGACGUAAAUCGGGGCGACAACGAGGGUUGGA